ACCACCUCCACCAGGAAUCCCAGGCCCAUCUGUCCCCACCCAGCUAAGGCCAUGCCCUCCCUGGGGACCAUCCGCAGCCUGCUACUCCUCAGCGUGCUCUGGGUGGACUUGACCAUGGCGGGCUCCAGCUUCCUGAGCCCCGAACACCAGAAAGUGCAGCACAGAAAGGAGUCCAAGAAGCCGCCAGCCAAACUGAAGCCCCGAGCUCUAGAAGGCUGGCUCCCCUCCGAAGACGGAAGUCAGGCGGAAGGAGCAGAGGACGAGCUGGAGAUCAAGUUCAACGCCCCCUUUGAUGUUGGAAUCAAGCUGUCAGGGGCUCAGUACCACCAGCACAGCCAGUCCCUGGGGAAGUUUCUUCAGGACAUCCUUUGGGAAGAGGCCAACGAGGACCAGGCCGACAAGUGAUCAUCCACAAGACUGGCCCACCUCUUUCUUUUCCGCCCAACCUUAGACGCGCUCACCUGGCUUUCAGAUUGCUCCUCCAACAACUCCCAGCUCUGAGUGGCACUAGCUUAGGAGGUGAAUAAAUGUUCAGACUGUAUGCUG